UGUGUAACUGUGUGCAAGCACAAAAGGUGGUUAACUUGGAAAUUGAGAUUAUAAUCAAACACAGCAUGGGAGAGGUCUUAACUGAACAACAGAUUGCUGAGUUUCAGGAAGCUUUCUGUCUCCUUGACAUGGAUGGAGAUGGCUGCAUUACCAUUGAAGAACUGGGGACUGCGCUCAAAUCAUUGGAUCAGCAUCCUACGGAAGAAGAGCUGCAGAACAUGAUAAGCGAAAUCGAUGCUGAUGGGAACGGAACCGUAGAGUUUGGGGAGUUCUUGCAUCUCAUGGCAAGAAAAAUUAAGGAAAAUGAGGCGGAUGCAGAAUUGAGAGAAGCUUUCAAAGUUUUUGACAAGGAUCAGGAUGGCUACAUUUCACCUAAUGAGUUGAGGCAUGUGAUGAUUAAUCUUGGAGAAAGACUGACUGAUGAAGAGGUAGAGCAAAUGAUCAGAGAAGCAGAUUUGGAUGGUGAUGGCUUAGUCAAUUAUGAUGAAUUUGUUAGAAUGAUGUUAGCAUUUUGAUUUUGAUCCAUCGCCAUCUGAUUCUAAACCACACAUAUAUUGAUAUCAGUGCAUGAGUUGGUCAAAUAAUAAAGUGACGUCGUUUUGAUUUUUGUACAUUUUCGGUUUCUAUUUGUACUGGGCCUUGCUCUUAUAAGAGUCCAUUUCUAUUCA